UCUAACCACUCUGUCAAUUUCAGAAACCCUGGUGAUAUUGCAGGUGCAUCCUAGACUAAAGAGAGAUGGUGAUCCCAUCACACUGAAUUGUCGGUGUACCCAGGAUCAUGUGUGUGAGAGAGGACAAAUUUACUUCUACAGAAAUGAGACCCUCCUGAACUCUGAUUCCAUGCCUCCCAACGUCUGUCACAUCCACCGAGCAACCCUAAUGGAUUCGGGAUGGUACCGCUGUGCAGUUUUCCAGAAUCUUUUGAAAUUUCUGCCUCACUGGGUCGAAGUCACUGUCCAGACCCCAGUGAGCUGCCCAUCCAUCAGCUCAGAUCUGAAGGGGUCUGCUGUGUCUGGCGGCGACAACUUCACCAUCCAGUGUACCUCCAAAAGAGAGACACUGCCUAUAAACCUCAUGCUAUACCGUCACCAUCAGCACCUCCUGAGUAACACGACAGUGUUGUCUCCCGGACAGCCAUUUUCCAUGUCACCGUGCCACCUGAGGGGAGAGGGUGCCAUGUACUCCUGCGGUGCUACAAAUGCCGGUGCCCACGUUAUCAACUGUAGUGAGCCGCUCGCCCUCACUGUGUCAGAACGAGAUCACACUGCAGUGAAUUUGGUGCAUCUCUGCCUCAGUCUCUUCGUGCUCAUUGUGAUGGUGGUCAUCAUUGUCGAAUAUUUCAGAAGCAGCUUGCCACUGCCAGCCGUGGCAUUGAGUCGCUACCACCAACAUCCUGUCAAACUGAAUUUCUUCGAAAGGGAAACUCCAUCAUCUUGUAUCUCUCCAUCUGAAGGAAGGAUUUUUGUCCUUUGAACUAUCUUGUGCAAUUUUCACGCGAAGCCUCUCCAAAGUCGUAACAUAAAACAAAGAACUGCGGAUGGACGAUGGUGAUUUGAAACAGACAAAACCAGAUGUUUUGAGAAGAGUUCCAAACAAAUGCGUAUAAUUAACAGCUUGUAAUUAGUCUCUCGAAGCCAAAAUUGACCUUGCAUUGUUGAUCACCACUGAUCCCCUCCCAGUCUCGAACUGCAAGGAUUAUCAGUGCAUCAUUCCAUUGAUUACCCUUGUGUUAUUGGCAUGCCUUAAAUGCAUCUAU